AAAGGAUUCCAUCCUCGUCAGCGUGCCUGCCUGACAGCACACAUUUGAAAGAUCACGGACGAAGGGGCAUGCUUCUCGGCGGAGUGCUAGUGGUACUCCCGCAAAGAUGAGGAAUGCUAUAAUCAAAGAUGGAGCCGACAAGGAGCGUCAGCGCCUCAUCGAUUCGAUUGACACUGAGGCCAUUUGCCGACUCGCCUCAUCAUACCACGGCGGCGAUCCUUGCAAUACGUUCAAGCCCCAUAAGCAUGGCUCCUUCAAUAUGGUUGUCCGGAUUCCCCUCCCAGCCCGCAUUGCCUGGAUUGACGAAAAGGUCGAGGCAGCAUUGGCUACGAUGAGAUAUGUUGCAGCCAAGACCACUAUUCCUGUUCCCCGAGUGCAUGCCUACUCCUUCACCGAGGGCAGCCCGAUUAACACAGCCUACAUAAUCAUGGACUAUGUGGAAGGCCAGACUCUGAGGGAACUUGGCUUCCGGAAGUCCAAGAAGUGGGGCUUGAGCUAUGAGAACCCGACGGAAGCAACCAAGAAACUCCGCCGGCUCGAGUUCCCCAAAAUUGGGGCCCUAGGCCUUCCGGCCGAGAAUGGCUGGCCGUCAUACACGUGCAAUCCAGACGAUAUCCGGAUGUGCCACCGCCCGCUCUCCAUCGAGACGGCCCUGCAAGAGGUCGAGGGGAUGGAUCCGGGCGCCAAGAUCAAGCCGGGAACAACCUUCCAGACUGCGAGGAGCUACGUAGACGCUCUAUUCUGGCUAGCCGACAAUGAACUGGACAAAUCCCCCGACUUGUUCAUGGACUCCCGUGGGGGGCGGCGGAUCCUCUACGCCAGACACCACUUCCGCCGCUUCGUCCUCGAUACGUGGCUCGAUUCCGAAGCCGACAGGGGGCCCUUUGUGUUAAUGCAUGGAGAUAUCACCUUGCUCACAAACAACAUUCUCUUCAACGAGGACCUUGAACUUGUCGGCGUUCUCGAUUGGGAAUGGAGCUAUGUUGUGCCGGCACAGCUGCUCGUCCCUCCCGUCUGGCUGACUGGCUCCAGCUUGGACUUCAUGCUGAUGACUCGACAGUGGUACAACAGCGGGGUUGGCCAUCUUGUCGCCGCCAUUAAGGACCGCGAGAGGGUCUUCCAGGUCCCACCUCUACUGUCGCAGGAAUGGGCCAAGAUGGAGACCUGGUGCCAUACGGCCGUUGCCGUGGCGCUCCUGAACCCGGACAUGAUCCACGGCGUGUAUUGGAACUUUCUUAUCUACGAGCUCGUAGAGCUGGCGCCACCUGCUGAAAAGUUCCGCGAGUUCUAUGAGGAAUUCAUCUCCCCGCGCCCAGCAGCUUUUAUGGAGGAGUCGUCGGCACGUAAGGUCCUUCUCGCCCGCAAGCAGCAGGAGCAGAUGCGAUUUUUCGAGGAAGAAAAGGAAUACUUCCAUUUUGAAUGCACACGAUAG